AUGGCGAGCCAGCUGCCAGUGUUCCCACUUGAGGGCCAAGUGGCUGGUGGCCAUGUCGUUAGAAGCUCACCCACCUCCAGAGGGGCACCCCGGGUUGGUCUAGCCAGUCACGGUGGCUUCGCCUUGCUGGUGAUCAUCCGGGUGUGGACAGAAGGCGUGGCUCCAGCCGCUGAGACACGGGGAAGCUUCUCUCCUGAUGCUGCUCACAGGGCUGGUUCUGGUGGGAGACUGUUCCUCAGGGUGAGUCGUUUCAAAAGGAGGACGCAUUCAACAGGCAGCAGGCAGAGAUUUCUCUCCCAUCCUCCGGAGGCAGAACUCGUGGCUGACACCUUUCUGCACGUCCAGUCUGCAGGAGGAAGAAAUGCAGCGGUUCGGGCCUGCGAAGUGGCGUCGAGCCCCUGCUGUGAGCCCGAGUCGCGGGGCACACCAAGGUCAGCGCGUGCCCUGUGCUUCCAGGAGACCGCAGCUCGGCUGGGGCCACAUGAUCUGCACGCUGGGCAUCAGAGCGCCACGGGGCACAGCCGAUGGGGAGGCGAGGCAUCCGGAGCCUGUUUCCCAAGAUCCCAGAGCUCGUGUGACAGGGGCCAUCUGGGAUGGUGGAUGCGGGAAGGUGUAGAGCUGAGCAGCUCAGCAUGUCGGUCGCCCCCUGCUGACCCCAGCCUCUCGCUGCCUGGCUGACAGACCCGUGAUUCGGCUCAGGUGCUGAUGGCCACGCUCUGGGGGAAGACAGGCCCCUCCCCAGCUCCUGCAGGUAGGCGAAUCUGGAUUAGAUAAUUGGAUCACAGCAAUUCCAUUCCUACUGCCUGUAAAAUUGCGUUAAUUCCAUCCAAGGAGAGGCAAGGGGCAGCUGCCAGGGGGACGGAAUGUCCUGGGAGGUUCUCUUGUGCCCUGGGUGGGGAGGCGCUCUCUCUCCCCGCCUGCCUGCUGCAGGGUGUGAGGAGACAGGCUGGACACCGGCUGCUACCUGGACAACGUAAGAACAAACACCGACAAGUUGAGGAUGGUGGGGAAAGAAAAUGGAGAGAGCCUGGGUCCUUGGCACUUUGAGCCACUCAUUUAAGUGAAUUUGGAACAUCUCUGCUCUGGCAGCGAUUCAUGUGUGGGAGACAAUGUGAGGCUGUCUCUCGGGGCCACCACGGUUGCGUCUGGUGCGCUAAGAGCCUCGCAGCAGCCGAAUGAAGCCGCCUCUUCGGCAGCCACAUCUCCCUUACUAUUUGGACAGCAUUUGGGAAAAGGCACCAGAGGCGCCCUCGGAGGGCAUGUCUCUCACCAGGGCUUUGCAAGCCAGUCCACAAAGUGACUCCCCUGCAGGGUUGGGAGCAGAGCCCGAAGCUGCCAGCCGAAGAGCCGAAAUCAGUUUGACUUUCUAUGUUCUUAACUUUCAAAUUCAUGGGCAACUUUCAUUCUAUUUAGCGAAAUGCCUUUUUCUUUAUGUGAAAUGGAUGUUUUUACUGACCAGUCACUUAUUUCACUCUCCUAUCCUGCAAACGUUCUAUGCAAAGUCAUGGCACACCCACCCUGGUAAUGUGCCCCAUGUGAG